AUGGCACAAAAUGCAGGCUACACAGCUGCAAUUGUCAAUGACAAUGAAGAUGGUGGCAUCCUGGUUGCAAUGGAAGGAAAUUCUGCUGAAGGAUCACAAUUUGAUGCUAAUCAUUAUGACACUAAGAUGAAUGAACUGCUUGCCAUUGAUGGGCAAGAAUUCUUCGCCGCAUAUGAUGAAGUCCAUGAUAGCUUUGAUGCAAUGGGACUGCAAGAAAACCUUAUGCGAGACAUAUAUGCUUACGAUUUUGAGAGGCCUUCUACAAUACAACAAAGAGGAAUUGUUCCUUUCUGCAACGGUCUGGAUGUGAUUCAACAGGCUCAGUCAGGAACUGGGAAGACAACAACAUUUUGUUCUAGAAUUUUGCAGCAGCUCUAA